ACAGAAGCAUACACAACUUGUCCAAAAUUUCAUUCAAUUUAUAACUAUAUAGAGAAUUUAAAAUAGAGAUUUUCCUACUUCAUGUAUUGGUACACCCGUAAAAUAGUGAUAUUAAACCAUACAUAAGCAACAUACUUCAGAUGACAAUAUUCUAAGAAAUGUGUUGUGUAUAUUAACCUUUACAGAAUAUGUUUUUGUAAUAAUAAGUAAAUAUAACUGAAAAUGUAUUCGAUAUGUAAAAAUACUCAUCCGGCUACAGGAGUAGAACAUGCGAUAACGUGUUAUUUUUUUAAUCGUACCGAAAAAUGUCUCGUUGUAGCCGGCGGGAAUAUUAUCAGAGUAUUUCGUUUAAUACCAGACGUGGAUAUAACAAAAAGAGAGAAAUAUACAGAAUCUCGUCCCCCAAAAAUGAAGUUAGAAUGUUUGGCUCAAUAUACUUUACAUGGUAACGUAAUGUCAAUGCAAGCUGUAACUCUGGUUGGAUCUCAGAGGGAUUCUCUUCUGUUAAGCUUUCGCGAUGCAAAGUUAUCUGUUGUAGAAUAUGAUCAAGAUAUACACGAUCUUAGAACAGUAUCUUUACAUUAUUUUGAAGAAGAAGAAAUAAGGGAUGGGUGGACAAAUCAUCAUCAUAUUCCAAUAGUGAGAGUAGAUCCUGAGGGGAGAUGUGCUGUAAUGUUAAUAUAUGGUAGAAAAUUAGUUGUAUUGCCUUUUAAAAAAGAUCCAAGUCUUGAUGAUGGAGAUUUAUUAGAUAAUUCAAAAGCAUCAUCUAAUAAAACCCCUAUACUGUCAUCGUAUAUGAUAGUUCUAAAGAGUUUAGAAGAAAAAAUGGAUAAUAUAAUAGACUUGCAAUUUUUACAUGGUUAUUAUGAACCAACACUAUUAAUACUGUAUGAACCAGUAAGGACAUUUUCAGGACGUAUCGCAGUCAGACAAGAUACUUGUGCUAUGGUUGCAAUAUCAUUAAAUAUUCAACAGAGAGUGCACCCAAUAAUUUGGUCUGUAUCAAAUUUACCAUUUGAUUGCUAUCAAGCAGUACCAGUAAAAAAACCACUUGGUGGAACAUUAAUUAUGGCAGUUAAUUCUCUUAUUUAUUUAAACCAAAGUAUACCACCUUAUGGGGUUUCUUUAAAUAGCUUAGCAGAAACUAGUACAAAUUUUCCAUUAAAACCACAAGAAGGAGUUAAAAUCAGUUUAGAAGGUUCUCAAGUUGCAUUUAUAUCUUCAGAUCGUUUAGUCAUUUCUUUAAAGAGUGGAGAAUUGUAUGUAUUAUCUUUGUUUGCUGAUAGUAUGCGCUCCGUUAGAGGUUUUCAUUUUGAUAAAGCUGCAGCGAGUGUUUUAACUUCGUGCGUGUGCAUGUGUGAUGACAAUUAUUUGUUCUUGGGAUCACGUCUCGGCAAUUCACUUUUAUUAAGAUUUAUCGAAAAAGAAUCAGAAAAUUCACAGAACAUGAAUGAAAAUGAAAUAACUAUUGAAGAAAAUGAAACUGAAGAAACUCCGGCGAAAAAGGUGAAACAAGAUUUUAUAGGAGAUUGGAUGGCAUCUGAUGUCUUAGAUAUAAAAGAUCCAGAAGAAUUAGAAGUAUAUGGAAGCGAAACGCAUACUUCUAUCCAGAUUACAUCAUAUAUAUUUGAGGUAUGUGAUAGUUUAUUAAAUAUUGGACCUUGUGGUAAUAUAUCUAUGGGUGAACCAGCUUUCUUAUCCGAAGAAUUUUCACAUAGUCAAGAUCCCGACGUUGAACUUGUUACAACUUCCGGAUAUGGUAAAAAUGGUGCCCUAUGCGUCCUUCAACGUUCCAUUCGCCCGCAAGUUGUAACUACAUUUGAACUACCAGGAUGUGAAGAUAUGUGGACUGUUAUUGGUGCAUUAAAUAAUGAUGAACAAGUGAGACCUGAAGCUGAAGGAUCUCACGCUUUUCUAAUUUUAAGUCAAGAAGACUCAACAAUGAUAUUACAAACUGGUCAAGAAAUCAAUGAAGUAGAUCAGAGUGGAUUUAGCACACAGGGGAGUACCGUAUUUGCUGGAAACCUUGGCGCAAAUAGAUACAUAGUACAAGUUACUCAAAUGGGUGUACGUCUUUUGCAAGGAAUUGAGCAGAUCCAACACAUGCCUAUAGAUCUUGGAUGUCCGAUUGUACAUGCAAGUUGCGCAGAUCCUUAUGUAUCAUUGCUUUCUGAAGAUGGGCAAGUUAUGUUAUUAACUCUCAGAGAAGGACGUGGAACUGCAAAACUACAUGCGCAAACAGCUAAUCUAUUAUUCCGACCCCAAAUAGAAGCAUUAUGUGCUUAUAGAGAUGUUAGUGGAAUAUUUACAACACAGUUACCUGAAAAUGUAGAAGAUGAAGUACCCGAGGAGGAACAUAACACCGAAGAGCCACCUAUCGUUGGUAAUAUUGACAAUGAGGAUGAUCUUCUUUAUGGUGAUGGACCAGCUUUCCAAAUGCCUGCACCAUCACAAACUAAAUCAUCUGAAGGGACAUCUAAAAGAGCUCCUUGGUGGCAAAAACAUUUACAAGAAAUAAAACCGACAUAUUGGUUAUUGGUAUAUAGAGAUAGUGGAACGUUAGAAAUUUACUCACUUCCAGAUUUACGUUUAUCUUACCUUAUUCGUAAUUUCGGAUAUGGACAAUAUGUAUUACAUGACAGUAUGGAAUCUACGACAUUACAAACGGCGCCAGUCAAUGAAAUUCCUAAUCCUGAAAUGCAGGUGCGUGAAAUUUUAAUGGUAGCUUUGGGUCAUCAUGGAAAUAGGCCAAUGCUUUUAGUGCGAUUAGAUUCUGAGCUUCAAAUUUAUCAAACGUAUAGAUACCCAAAAGGUCAUUUAAAAUUAAGAUUUAAGAAAUUAGAUCACGGAAUAAUUCCAGGAAAUUUAAGACCUAAACCGAAAGAAGAAGAUAUGUCUGCGAUGAACGAAACUCGCCAUUGUAUGAUGCGCUAUUUUAGUAAUAUUGCUGGAUAUAAUGGUGUGUUUAUUUGUAGUGAUUAUCCUCAUUGGAUAUUUCUCACAGGACGCGGUGAAUUGCGUACCCAUCCAAUGGGUAUUGAUGGUCCUAUUACCUCUUUUGCACCUUUCAAUAAUAUAAAUUGUCCACAAGGUUUUCUGUAUUUUAACAGAAAGGAAGAAUUAAGGAUAUGCGUUUUACCAACUCAUUUAUCCUAUGAUGCUCCAUGGCCUGUUAGAAAAGUACCGUUGCGAUGUACACCACAUUUCGUAACAUAUCAUCUCGAAAGUAAAACAUAUUGCGUUAUAACGAGUAUAGCCGAACCACUCAAAAGUUAUUAUAGGUUUAACGGUGAAGAUAAGGAAUUUACAGAAGAAGAUCGACCAGACAGAUUUAUCUUCCCGUCACAAGAACAGUUCAGUAUAGUAUUAUUUUCACCCGUUUCGUGGGAAACUAUUCCCAAUACUAAGAUCGAACUUGAUCAAUGGGAACACGUUACUUGUCUGAAAAAUGUAUCUUUGGCCUACGAAGGAACGCGGUCUGGUUUGAAAGGUUAUAUAGUAUUGGGAACAAAUUAUAAUUACGGUGAAGAUAUUACAAGCAGAGGAAGGAUACUUAUAUUUGAUAUAAUUGAAGUUGUACCAGAACCCGGUCAGCCUUUAACAAAAAAUCGAUUCAAACAAAUUUACGCAAAAGAACAAAAAGGUCCAAUAACAGCUAUCACACAAGUAUCAGGCUUUCUGGUCUCAGCUGUAGGACAGAAAAUCUAUAUUUGGCAACUAAAGGAUAAUGAUCUUGUUGGAGUUGCUUUCAUAGAUACACAAAUUUAUAUUCACCAAAUGUUAAGCAUUAAAAGUUUGAUUUUAAUAGCUGAUGUAUAUAAAUCGAUUAGUUUAUUAAGAUUUCAAGAAGAAUACAGAACAUUAUCUCUUGUUAGCAGAGACUUCAGGCCAGCAGAAGUGUAUACGAUCGAAUACCUCAUUGACAAUAAUAAUUUAGGAUUCCUUGUGGCUGAUGGUGAAAGCAAUAUAGCUUUAUUCAUGUAUCAACCAGAAUCAAGGGAAAGUCUCGGAGGGCAAAAAUUAAUUAGAAAAGCUGAUUUCCACUUAGGGCAGAAAGUCAAUACAUUUUUCCGUAUAAGAUGCAGAAUUUCAGAUCCUGCGAAUGAUAAGAAACAUUUUUCAGGUGCAGAUAAAAGGCAUGUUACGAUGUAUGCAUCUCUUGAUGGAAGUCUGGGUUACAUUUUACCUGUACCAGAAAAAACUUACCGAAGAUUGCUCAUGUUGCAAAACGUUUUGGUAACUCAUAUCUGUCAUAUUGCUGGUUUAAACCCUAAAGCAUAUCGUACUUACAAAAGCUACAUUCGAACUCAGGGUAAUCCUGCAAGGGGCAUUAUUGACGGUGAUUUAGUUUGGCGUUAUCUUUACUUACCUAACAAUGAAAAAAUAGACGUAGCGAAAAAAAUUGGAACACGUGUACAAGAAAUAAUCGAAGAUCUUACAGAGAUAGACCGACAAACUGCUCAUUUUUAAAUGUCUAUUCAGGAACCAUCAUUAUUGGAUAAAAGACUCAUUGAAGCAUUUGAUGUAUUUGAUAGUGCAAAAACAGGUGAAAUAGAUGU